GCCUGCCUCUGUACGUCACACCGGUGCUCAUCUGCCCUCAACAACGACCAACAGUCCGCGCAGCAACAACGGAGAGAAAGCGAGCAUGAGGGUUUCCAACAGUCACCUGCAGCAGCUCACCAUCUUCACCACCGUGCUGACGGGUGGAGGCAUCGGCACGAUGUACUACCUGCUGCAGCAGACCUUUGCUGGGUCAGACUACCACAGGCUGGCUGUGCAGGAGUUGGAGGCGUGUCCAGUUGCCAUGGAAAGCCUGGGGGCGCCACCUUUAAAGGUCCACAACAUCCAUCUGACUGACAGAUACAACCGUGUAGAUAAGCACACUGCACAGAUAAAGAUUCCUGUGACAGGGAUUAAAACCGGAGGCUAUCUGUGUGCGUCUUCACUGAGAGAUCCCAACACAAACCGGUGGAAUCUGAAGCAAGCCGUGCUAAAGCUCAGGGAAGGAAAUGUCAUUGACCUGCUGAGUCCUCCAUCAACUACAGCAGACGGGAUAGACGCUGACCAGCUUUAUGAACAAACAACUCUGCCUGCUAGAAGCAGGCGCUGAACUAUAUUUACUCCACAUUUAUUGUUUGGUCAUCUUUUAGGGGAAGCAUCAAGAAGAAAAGCUCUGUCAGUGCCUGCUGCAGACUGUCAGAGCUGAGUGGACUCGUGCACUCGCUGCUGCCUCACAAAUCAUUAGAAACGCACAAAUAUGCACCAAUCAAUAAAUGUUACAAAUGUAUUAGUUUCUAAUGAUCCAUAAUUGACUUUCACGCAGACUUGCAGAUGUGUGUGUGCAUGUGUUCAGGGGAAACGGUGUGAUAUUCAUAAAACAGGACGUACAGCUGUGGUUUCACUUUUACCGUAACCUUCUGCUUCCUGUGCAGAUGUAGAGCGAACACAACCACCGAUAUGAAGGAUGCGUGUUUGCC